AUGAACAUUAAGCCACGAGCCAUGAACUAUUUCACAACUGCCUCGUGCCUUGCGGUCAUUUGCUUGCUGGUGCUAAUGAAACCCGCUUUGGGAGCCCCUGCCCAAAAUCUCGACCCGGAGUUGAUUUUCUACGAGAAUACGAGAGACGAAAAUGGGUACAGCUUCUCGUACAAAACCAAAGACGGUCAGUACCGCGAGGAGCGUGGUGAGAUUAAUGCUGAAACGGGGGUCCUUGUCGUCAACGGAGUGUACGGGUUCAUCGGGACUGAUGGAGAAUCGUACGAGUACAACUACGUCGCCGAUGAGGAAGGAUAUCGUAUUGUGACGAAGGAACCGGAAAUUGGAUUCGCUCCUCCACUGUCCAACGCUGCCUUACUGACACUCGUUGGUUGA